AUGAGUUCUGCUUUAGGCCUUCCAAAACCAGGGGCUCUACCAAAACUGCCUCCCAUCAAGUCCGGUCUGCUGGGACUACUGCCCCAACUGGGCACCAACUUCCAGGGCCUUCUGUGCCAAGACGCCAAGAACCACAAACGGAGAAGUAAGAAAAAGCGUUUAACGUUGACUCCAAUGGAGAAAGAGGAGCACCUGCAGGGAGCACAUCCAGAAACUACCAAAGAUAUUAUAGGAAAGAAUAAUGCUGAGAAUGGGCAAUUAUCAUUCCAAAAACAUAAAGCAGUAUCAGAGUUGGAAGAAGAUGUAGAGUCAGAGGACCUUUUGACGGUCAGCACUCUUCUUCCACCACUGCCUUCACUUCCACGGGACAAAGUCGGCCGACAAAAGAGCAACGACCAAAAGAUAAGUUUUGUUCCAAUGAAAAAGAAAGAACAAGAGUUUGAUAUGGAAACUGCACAACCAGAGAAAAGGCCUCGCUCUUUCCUAAAAUCCAGACCCAAAUCGUCUCAAGAAAGUGACGUCAAGAGAGACACGAGUGAAGACGACUUUUUGGAGCUUUUAGAAUCCAUGAACAUUGACAUUGCAGAUCUUGCAGAUGUUCUACAGGAUGCAUCAGCCUCAGAAGGAGAAAUAAUAUGUCAGGCUUCUUCUCCACAACAUGACGAGACGGAUCAUGAGGCCGGUCUAGCCUUUCUGAACACUUCUCUGGACCAAAGCUAUGAAGAAUGGUUGAAACUCCAACCCAACACUGGAGCACUUGUGUCCGGGUGUGAUUUGGAAUCCGACAGUGAGAAGCCUGCACCGACAGCGACAUCUCCAGUGAGUUCAGAAGCAUUCAACAAGUCUCAGGAUGAGCUGGAGAAGUUCGAAAAGGAGGAGGAGGAACGCCUGGAGGCCGAGAGGAAAGACAGACUUGAGUCUCCGCAAGGAAAAAGGCAAGCGGAAGAGAAAAGGAUGAAGGAAGAAUCUGCAAAAGAGUUAGAAGAACUCCAAGAGACUCUCAAAGCAGAUUGCAAACGGCAAGAGCUUGAAAUACGGAAAGAAAACACUGCUAUACUUGAAAUAAAGUCCAGUCUGCUGGGAUCACUGCCCACACUGGGCACCAACUUCCAGGGCCGUCUGUGCCAAGAUGGUAAGAACCCAGGAGAAGUCCGUAAACCGAAAAGCAAGAAAAAGCAUGUGACGUUUGCUCCGAUGGAGAAGAAAGAACAAGGGUUUGAUAUGGAAACUGCACAAUCAGAGAAAAGGCCUCGCUCUUUCCUAAAAUCAAGACCCAAAUUGUCUCAAGAACGUGACGACGUCAAGAGAGAUGAGACAAGUGAAGACGACGGAUUGGACCUUUUUGAGUCCAUGAACCUUCAUAUUGACAUUGCAGAUCUUGCAGAUGUUCUACAGGAUGGAUCAGCCUCAGAGGGAGAAAUAAUAUGUCAGGCUUCUUCACCACAACAUGACGAGGCGGAUCAUGAGGCCGGUCUAGACUUUCUGAACACUUCUCUGGACCAAAGUCAUGAAGAAUGGUUGAAACUCCAAUCCAACACUGGAGCACCAGGAGGUCAUGUAUCUCAGGAAGAAAGCUCAGAGCUGGGGUUAGUUGGUCCGACUCCUUCAAGUCACAGUCCACUGCCACCUUCACCAACUCCUUUAUCAUGA